UCUGUCGCCUUCCGCUUCUAUCAUAUACUUUGGGAGUUUGGAGAACUACCAAUCGUCCUUGCUUUCCCCAUCUCCGCUCCUCCGACGCCGCAGCCUUCUUCCCGGAUCGAAGAGAUGGAGUGCGUGUUCGGGCUGGUGGGCGAUGGCUUCGCGCUGGUGGCGGCCGACACCUCCGCCGUCCAUAGCAUCCUUGUCCACAAGUCCAACGAGGACAAGGUCAUGAUCCUCGACUCCCACAAGCUCCUCGGCGCCUCCGGUGAGGCCGGCGACCGGGUGCAAUUCACCGAGUACAUCCAGAAGAACGUCCACCUCUACGAGUUCCGCAACGGCAUCCCUCUCGCCACCGCCGCCGCCGCAAACUUCACCCGUGGCGAGCUCGCCCUCGCCCUCCGCAAGAACCCAUAUUUUGUCAACAUUUUGCUGGCUGGAUAUGACAAGGAUAUUGGUCCAUCUCUCUACUACAUCGACUACAUUGCUACUCUGCACAAGGUUGACAAGGGUGCAUUUGGUUAUGGAUCCUAUUUCGCCCUAUCAAUGAUGGACCGACACUACCACAGUGGCAUGUCACUGGAGGAAGCAAUUGACUUGGUUGACAAGUGUAUCAUCGAAAUUAGAUCUCGACUGGUUGUUGCUCCACCGAACUUUGUGAUUAAGAUUGUGGACAAGGAUGGAGCUAGGGAGUAUGCUUGGCGUGAAUCAAUCAAAGAUGCUGGAGUUUCUGCAGCGUGAGAUAAUUCUCAUGUUCUAUUUUCUUCUUUCAGUGAAACUCCAGCACUGUUAGUGCGCCAAAAUUGGGUAUGCAAUUUGUCGGUCUGGACAUAAUUUGAUGUUAGUCACAUUGCAAAUGCUCAUCUAUAUGUUUCUGAUUUCGUUUUCCUUCACUUGGUCACAAUCUAAUAUUUUAAGGGUUCUUUUCCAAAGCAAAUUAGGUUGUACGAACUAUUUGAUGUCCUGUGGGAAGCUCAGUCGAACUUUAUCUUGAAAAUUUGGUACAUUUUUAUGUUGUUUUAGCUAA